GUUGUUGGGAGCAUUUUAGCGCAGCGAAUGCGACUUAAUUGCAUUUGUACCGAGUGCAGCAGUGUAAAGAAAGUGCGCGUAUACAAUAUUUAUUUAAGUGGCUGCUUAUCAAUUAUAUCCAUGCAUACAACUAUCAGACAUAUGUGCACAAAUACCAGUUAAGCCCCACCGCACUGAAUUGGAAGCAAAACCUUAACAAAACUGGACAAAAAUGUCUUCACUGGAGCAACAGCAGCCGCCCCAGAAGCGACCCUCUCUGCACUUGGCCGCGGAUGCGUCAACUGCAGCUACAGCUGGAACUGGAGCCGGAACUGCAGCUGGAGCUGAGAGCAUGUCCAGCUGUUCGCCGGCAACCACGCCGCUGGGCAGCGCUGGCGGCGCCGGCUUCCUGCCGGAUAUGCCGCAGUGGAAGAAGGAUUUGAUCCAGCGCCGCAAAACGAAUGUGGCGCGCACAAACGCCGCCGCCUGCUCGCCCACCGCCGCGGCGCCGCCAGCUGAUGGCAACUGUGCGGCUUUCCAAGAACCUGCAGAUUCAGGUGCGACUGAAGGCAGCGCAGUCGCAGCAGCAGCAACAACUAGUCAACAACAACAACAACAACAACAGCAGCAUGUGAAACGAAAUGUAAGCCAAACACAACAACAGCAACAACAACAAGAAGCAGCAUUUAAGACUUCACCAACAGAGGAAAAGUCUGAGAAAUGUUUUAUUGGAAGUGGAGGUCAUCAGACGAUUCCAACAGCAGCAGCGGCGGCAGCGACAGCAGCAGCGGCGGCCCAAAGUACACAAGGCAAAGAUUUAGCCACGGCCUUUUCAGCAGAAACGGCAGCAUCAGCAGCGGCAGCAGCAGCGGCAGCGGCACCAAUACCAAAGCAGCGAUCAAGUUUAUUCAACACAAGAAGUCAAUCAACUGGUAAGGAGCAAGAAGAGAUUCUAAAUUUGGAUACCAGAGAGCGUGAGCGUGAGCGUGAGCAUGAGAGAGAGCGCGAGCGAGCGUGCAGAGAGCGUGACGCUGAGGUGAAUAGCGCUAGCAUGGUGUAUGCGAACGUGCGCUCUGGUGAAGUUGAAACUGGCACAGCGACAACUGGAGCAUUAACAGCAAUAGGCAACAGCAACAGCAGCGGCGUCAGCGGCAGCGGCAGCGCAAAUGUGAAACAAACGGCAGCAACAGCGGCUACAUCGUCGUCGUCAGCAAAUCAGUUGCAAACGAAAUGCAAACCAGGCCAGAGCGUUGCUGAAGCAGCGCCAAGCAAUUACAUUAGCAGCAGCAGCAGCACCAGCAGCAGCAGCAAUACGCCAAUUUUAAUUGAUAAAAAUUGUAAAUCGAAAAUAUCCGACAAAUUGCAGAGCAACAAGUUUAUUCAAAACCAACAACAACAACAACAGCAGCAGCAGCAACUGGAACGCCAAACGGCCGCGUCGCCCACAAAAGUAGCGGUAAAAACGACAAUGGUCGCCAUGCAAGAAAUGAAAAAGACAACCACACAAAAUGGCCAACAACGUCAUCAUCAUCAUCAUCAACAUCAUCAUCACCAGCAGCAACAACAGCAACUGCAGCUGCAUCUAAAAAGCGCCGAUGCCGACAUGGACGUUGGCGUCGCUGCGCUGCAGCCAACGCUUUUGGACGCCGUCGAUCAAAACGAGGAUCUCAGCUAUGGACCCGGCAUUGUGUCCAAGCUGCGCUGCCGCUAUCUAAAUCUGGCGCUGCGCUGCGAGUCGCGCCAGCAGAGCCAGAAUCAGCGACUGCAGCGCUCCACGAGCCUCAAUACGCUGCUCGAUCGCAACGACGACGUCGAGGACGAGGAACAGCAGCAGCAGGUAAAUAGCUCCACAAUUGCCGUCGCUGCCGCAGUCAACGUCAAUGUGACGCGCAGCGCUGCAGCGCCGCCCAUACUAAGCGCCAAGCCAACGGGCAGCAGUUACAUCAAAAGCGUCAGCGUCUUGCAGCAGCAGCAGCUACGCCAGCAGCAACAGCAGCAGCAGAAGACGGCGCAGGAGCAACAGCAGCCGGCGUCAACGUCGCUUAACGGUAACGCGCUGCGCUCGCGUCAUUUUAAGCGCGGCAACGAGGUAAUGAAACGCGCACGCUCCGUCGAGGCGCUGCUCUGCGAGAAGUCGCCGUGGAAUACGCAGCGCGCCAGCUAUCAAGCGGCAGCGGUUAAUAGCAGCGCAGUCGCAGUCGCAGUCACUGCUGGUACGUCCCCAGCCGCAGUCGCAGCCGCAGCCGCAGCAACAACAUCUGCCUCAGCCACGUCCAGCUGCGUCAGCAUCGAGGAUAAGAUACACAAUGCACGCGAACGUUUGCACAGCGGCACCGAUGCCACGCCCCCAAAGCGUCUAACCUCCAUUAUCGAUGACACCGAACGCCCACCGCCGGAUCUCGUCAAGCAGACGCUGAAAAUGUUCGAGGCGAGCGCCAAUCGGCGGCCGCGCGCCACGCAGCGCAGCAACGGCGUCGGCGGCGUCGCCAGCAAAGUAGCCAGCUACAAGUCGAUUAUCAAGGAACAGAAGCCAAGCAGCGCUGUCAGCAGCGGCAGCAGCAGCAAGCCAACAGCAGGAUUUGCUGCCUCGACACCCAAGCAGCGCGUCGGCAGCGCCAAUGUUCAUGCUGUCGUUCCAGACAUCAUUCCCAGGCAGCUGGAAGCCAGCUGCGACUACGAUUCGCCUGUGACGAGCAUUACCAAAAUGAUGAAACGCAUGCAGCUGGAAGCGCCAGAUGGUGCGGGAGUGGGCGCAGGCGCAGGAGCGGGCGCGGUCGCGGUCGCGGGUGCUGGCAGCAACAAUCAUCGCUUAGUCAGCGAUCUGCAGCGAACGCAGGCAGCAGCAGCAGCAGCAGCUGGCGAGGCUGACGUUGACGACGACGACGACGACAACGACAACAACGAUAGCAGAGACGAAGAGAACAACGAAGGCAACGAAAAGGUUGACGUUGACGACGACGCUGCAGCUGAAGCUGGCGGCGACGGCAACGGCGACGACAUAUGCAAUGGCGUUAAGCUGGGCGAGGCUGGCGAUAAGUUAACAGCAACGCCGGCAGCGCUGCCGCUGGACGAAGCAGGAGGCGUCGGCGGCAGCAGCGGCAGCGCCCAGCGCUCAUUUGCUGCCGCCUUGCAAGAGAACGCGCACGCUUCCAGCACGAGUUCCAGCAGUCGAAAAUUGUCGCAGCGCAGCAGCGAUAACAGCGAAUCCACAACAACAACAACAACAACAACAGUAGUAGCAGCAACAACAACAACAACAACAACUAAGCAAAUUGGUGUCAUCAGGCCGCUGCUGAACAACUCCGGGUCCAGUUCCGGGUGCGGCACGCCGCUGACCAGUCGCGAGAUUGAAAAGAAUCGCAUUAAUGAAAUGAAAAAAUCAACAGCACUCGCUGCAGACGCAGCUGCUGCUGCCGCUGCCGCUGCUGCUGCUGCUGCUGCUGCUGCUGCUGGUGGUGCAGCAGCCACUAGUCUCGACAACGUGAUAAACACCAAGGAUGGCAGCGAAUUGGACGCUGCAGCAGCGGGCAGCGGCAUCUCACCAAUUUGGCCGUUGCGCAAGCGCCGACAGCCGACAGGUGGCGCCAAUAGCGGCGGCGGCGGCGUCGCUAGCAGCAGCACCCAUGCGGACAGCAACACCUCCAUGGUGUUCAACUUUUCCAAGAGCGGCAAGGAGGUGCCGGAUUAUAUUGAAAGCGAUGUUGUGAUCUACAGACGUAAACGGGAACUGCCAAAGCCAAAUGAACCGGGCUUCGUGCUGCUGGGCGACCUUUCGGUGGAGACAUCGACAGACACGGACUACGAUGAUUAUUCAAUGUGCCCGCCCUCGCCCUGCGACGUCGAGUUCGAGAAUGCGAAUAUUGUGAUCGAUGGCAAGUCCAGCAUACGCCAGAAACCCAAAGAUUCAUCGUUCCGCGUACAAUUUAACGAUACGUUAACGUCAACGUUUGAAUAUCCCUCCGAGGCAUCGCAGACCAUUGACGAUCCGCCGUAUGCCGAUCCCUACAGUAAUGUUACCAAGCAUCAUCAGCUCUACUACGAGGAGCACCUCAGGUUGCAGCACCAGCAACAACAACAGCAGCAGCAGCAACAACAGCAGCAACAACAUCAUCAUGUUACAGUCGAUGAGAUAAUUGAGCUGCCGACAGCCGCGGCGACAUCCUCUGCGUCGCAUAAGACGUCGGGAACCAGCGCAAUGCUGGGGAAUUUACCAUUAGAUUACCCAAGUUUGGGGAGGGGUAUUAUCUUGCAACAGCCACAACCACAGCCACAGCCACAGCAAAUGGACGCCCCACAACAAGAACAGCAGCAACAAGAACUACAGCAACAACGUCGUAGACCGUCGGUUCUGUUAAAGCCGCAAUAUGCCUGCUUUCUGCAAAAUGAUGCAGUGCAGCCGGCGCAUCAGGCAAAGCGCAAAGCUGCCUCCUUCUCGUACGCCGCCAAGCCACAACAGCCGAGUAAAUACAUUAAACACAAUCCAACAAUAACAACAACAACAACAACGACGACAACAACUGCAGCAGCAGCAGCAGCAGCAGCGCCAACAACCUGCAGCAAUGGAAGCUCCUUGAGUCGCCGUCGCGCCAGUCUGCCUGUAGCCACACACCUGUCGUCCACGUCGUCGUCUUCGCUAGCGCUACCCAACGCCUCCACAGCCCUGCUGCAGGCACGCAUACCAGGCAAUACACUCUACUAUGUCUGAUCCAAAAGUUGAACCGUCGCGGAAUCGCUCCAAGCUACGCAACUCCACAAAACUCUGCUUUACUGCACUCCGAUUAAACCUGUC